AUGUCCCAAAAUCUGGAGAAGAGCCAGGCCUACCCCCGCCGACGCCCUGGGCCUCACCCAGGCCUUGAGAGUCCCGGAGCCGCCUCAGCCACAGCCAUGUACACCUUCCUGCCUGACAACAUCUCAUCCGUGAAGCCCAAAGCGUCCAAGGAGGUGAAGCCGCUGCUGGGCUCGGUGGUGCUGGGGCUGCUGCUGGUGCUGGCAGCGGUGGUGGCCUGGUGCUACUACAGCGCCUCCCUGCGCAAGGCCGAGCGUCUGCGCCUGGAGCAGCUGGACCUGAAACUCGGAGGCUUCUCCAUCCGCAACCAGAAAGGCGAGCAGGUCUUCCGCAUGGCCUUCCGCUCGGGGGCGCUGGACCUCGACUCCUGCAGCCGCGACGGCGCCCUGCUGGGCUGCUCCCGCACGGCGGACGGGCGGCCGCUGCACUUCUUCAUCCAGACCGUGCGGCCCAAGGACACCGUCAUGUGCUACCGCGUGCGCUGGGAGGAGGCGGAGCCGGGGCAGGCCGUGGAGCACGCCAUGUUCCUGGGGGACGACGAGGCGCACUGGUACGGCGGCGCGGAGAUGAGGACCCAGCACUGGCCCAUCCGGCUGGAGGGCCAGCAGGAGCCGCAGCCCUUCGUCACCAGCGACGUGUACUCCUCCGACGCGGCGUUCGGCGGCAUCCUCGAACGCUACUGGCUGUCGUCGCGCGCGGUGGCCAUCAAGGUCAACGGCUCCGUGCCCUUCCACCUGGGCUGGAACGGCACGGAGCGCUCGCUGCGGCUGCAGGCCCGCUACCGCCGCACGCCCUACAAGCCGCCCGCCGGCCUGCCCGCGGCCCCCGAGCUCAGCUACCGCGUGUGCGUGGGCUCCGACAUCACCUCCAUCCACAAGUACAUGGUGCGGCGCUACUUCAACAAGCCAUCGCGGGUGCCCGCGCCCGAGACCUUCCGCGACCCCAUCUGGUCCACGUGGGUGCUGUUCGGGCGCGAGGUGGACCAGGACAAAGUGCAGCGCUUCGCGCGGCAGAUCCGGCAGCACGGCUUCAACAGCAGCCACCUGGAGAUCGACGACUCGUACACGCCCGCCUACGGCGACUUCCGCUUCGACGAGGCCAAGUUCCCCAACGCCAGCGACAUGUUCCGCCGCCUGCGCGGCGCCGGCUUCCAGGUCACGCUGUGGGUGCACCCGUUCGUCAACUACAACGCGUCGUCGUUCGGCGAGGGCGUGGAGCGGGAGCUGUUCGUGCGCGAGCCCUCGGGCCGGCUGCCGGCGCUGGUGCGCUGGUGGAACGGCAUCGGCGCCGUGCUCGACUUCACGCGCCCGGAGGCGCGAGACUGGUUCCAGGGCCACCUGCGGCGCCUGCGCGCGCGCUACGGCGUCGCCUCCUUCAAGUUCGACGCGGGCGAGGUGAGCUACCUCCCGCGAGACUUCAGCACCUACCGGCCGCUGCCGGACCCCAACCUGUGGAGCCGGCGCUACACGGAGAUGGCGCUGCCCUUCUUCUCGCUGGCCGAGGUGCGCGUCGGCUACCAGUCCCAGAACAUUUCGUGCUUCUUCCGCCUGGUGGACCGCGACUCGGUGUGGGGCUACGACCUGGGGCUGCGCUCGCUCAUCCCCGCCGUGCUCACCGUCAGCAUGCUGGGCUACCCGUUCAUCCUGCCGGACAUGGUGGGCGGCAACGUGGUGCCGGAGCGCACGGCGGGCGGCGGCCGGGUGCCGGAGCGUGAGCUGUACGUGCGCUGGCUGGAGGUGGCCGCCUUCAUGCCCGCCAUGCAGUUCUCGGUGCCCCCCUGGCAGUACGACGCCGAGGUGGUGGCCAUCGCGCACAAGUUCACCGCCCUGAGGGCCUCGCUCGUGGCGCCGCUGCUGCUGGAGCUGGCCGGCGAGGUCACGGACACGGGCGACCCCAUCGUGCGCCCCCUCUGGUGGAUCGCGCCGGCCGACGACACGGCGCACCGCAUCGACUCGCAGUUCCUCAUCGGGGACACGCUGCUGGUGGCGCCGGUCCUGGAGCCCGGCAAGCAGGAGCGCGACGUCUACCUGCCCGCGGGCAAGUGGCGCAGCUACAAGGGUGAGCUUUUCGACAAGACCCCGCUGCUGCUCACCGAUUACCCCGUCGACCUGGACGAGAUCGCCUACUUCAUCUGGGUAUCCUGA